AUGGCGAACACCUUCUCCAAGACUGUCGUUACCUCCUUGUUGUUGGCGGCCACUGGUGGCCAGGCCGCGGUGCUGGCUCCCGCCAACGAUAUCGUGUUCCCAUCUAGCGAGACUGCCCAGAACCCGUUGCAGUAUGCUGGUGGAAACACCCCGUACUUUGCGGGACCUAAUGUCAAUGGCGUGGAGAAUACCGUGCCUGACAAGUGUACUGUUCAGCAGGCUGCCUACGUUGUGAGACACGGAAGUCGAUUCCCCGAUACUGGAUCUUACAACUCGUGGGUUGGUAUCCAGGAUAAGAUCCAAAUUGCCGUCAAUGGCAAGGGCUUUGACGCCCGUGGCUCGCUGUCUUUCAUCAAGGACUGGAGCCCCGUGUUGACCAACCCAACCCUGCAAAUUGCGCAGGAGUCCAUGACUGGAUGGAAGGAGGCUACCGACCUUGGCUACCAACUCCGUGGUCGCUACCCCGAUUUCUACGAGGACGGCAACCCAUUCUACGUCUGGGCCAACCAGUACAAGAACCCGAUCAAUGAGUCCCGUGUCGUUCAGACUGCUCGUGCCUUUGUCAACGGCUAUCUGUACGAGUUCGCCGAUACCUACGGCACGGUGGUCAGUGUCAACUCAACUGGCUCCGUCAACGCCAUCGGAAACUCCCUCGGCCCUUCUGACUCGUGCCCGAAAUUCGCUGCUACCUCCAGUGGAGGCAACAAUGUCACCGACUUUGAUGCCACCUGGGCCCCCAAGGCCCUGAAGCGUCUCAACGCUCUGGUCAGCGGCAACCUGACCUUCACCCAGACAGACAUGCUGUUCUUCCCUUACCUGUGCGGGUACGAGAGUCAGAUUACCGGUCGUCUGAGUGACUGGUGCGGUGUGUUCACCGAAGAUGAACUGCGCAACUACGCCUACUCCCAGGACUUGAGCUACUACUACAGCGUGGGACCAGGCGCUGACGGUCCCGCACCCAAGCUGUUCCUACCCUUCCUCGAGAGCCUGUUGACCCUCCUGAGCAAGGGCCCCGGUCAAAAGGGCACUGCUGCGGAUGGAAGCAGCUUUGACAUCCCUAGUUUGAUCAUGGCUUUCCUGAACGACAACCAGAUUGCCGAGAUGACCUCGGCCAUGGGUAUUUUCGACAACGAGGCUCCUUUGCCCGAUACUCACAUCCCUGCGAACCGCCUGUACAACGUUGCUCAUUUCAUCACCAUGCGCGGUACCGUGGCCUUUGAGACUCUGAACUGCGAGGUUACUUCUGGACGCAAGUCGACCAACGAGACUUAUAUUCGGGUGUUGUUCAACGAUGCGGUUUACCCGAUUGCCAACUGCCACGGCGGUCCUGGCAAGAGCUGUCUGCUGUCGGAUUACCUGGCACUCAUCCAGAAGAAGAGCAAGGCAGCUGGCAACUGGAUUGACUACUGCAAUGUGACUGCGGCUGGACACCCCGAGACUGUGGCUGGAGCCAGUUUCUUCAGUGACCUGUCACUCGACUUUUUGACCUUUGUCAAGCCCUGA